UUACAUAAAAAUAAUUGGUCUCAGCCAGAAAAUGAAUCAUUUUUCAAGCCCGGGCUCCCCCCUCUUCCUCCAACUUGAUAAUUAGCUGCUGCAUUGUGAAAUCUUGACCGAGAGAUGAAAAAUAUAUAUAUAUAUUGAAAUAUCUUGCUUUAAAAAGAUCAAUGCUGUUUUCAAAACAGAAAGCUGCGUGAAGUUUUCUGGUUUUCAUAAAAACAAAAAAAACCGACCCGUCUAAUUUAUCUCCAUUUGCAACGCAGCUGUAUGGCAGCGAAGCACGGACAGCGCUUGAACUGUAUUGUAAUGAGUCGCUGAAUAAGCCACGGAUCCCCUUGUGAUGCUCAUAUUAAAAGACGACGAGGCUCAGCGGUACAGUCGGGUGUUUUUUUUAAGCCUCGUGUUUCAGGGCUGUGCAGACGUUCUGUCUCGUUAUCCCUUAGCGCUUCAGCUUUAUUUGGAUGAUUCUCCUUUACCUUGUUUUGGAUUUCCCGUUCCUCUCCGGUUUCUCCGAGAUACGAAUGCGCCAGCUUGACAUUUUAACGGUUCUCAUUGUGUUGAUCAUUACUGAACAUUUGUUGUUGAGUGAUUGAAAACAAGACGAGGUGUGUUUGAAUUUAAAGCGAUGGUCUUGAGUCGUCGUAUGGGUCAAAGUUCAAGAUGAUUAUCCUCUAGAGGAAUUAUCACUGAUGUCACUAGUGUGGUAUUUCGCCUUUUGUUUUUUUUUGUUUUUUUAGAAUGGCUCAGGAUGCAAUUAUAAAGUAUCGCAUUAUAACACACACCGCUGUGCUAAAACAAACAAUGCAAACUGCUAUGCAACAGGGGAGUUCGUUCCCAUUCCUCUAGUAUCCUUUUACUAACCAAAACUAUGUAUCAGAUUCUACUGACCACACUGCGCAUAAGAAUUUCAAAUUCAAUACAGUGCAGUAACACCACCAAAAAAAAAAAAAUAAAUUAUAGACUGUUCUGUAUAAAACAUGAACAGGAAACAAAUAGCUAUAAAUAUCUAAUAAGAGACACCAGCUCCAAAAACAAUAAUUAGACUCUUUAAAAAAAACACAGUUGGGUGCAUGCAUAAUGUAACUGAAUGGGGGGGGGGGGGGUUUAGACGAGCAGGGAAAAACAACCCCCCCACCCUUCCUCUUUCCCUGCGUUCUACAGAAGACCAUCCCUCCAUGCAGUCACUCCUCCUCCCUCUCAUACACUGCUGUGCUUUGCCUGCGUGUGCACCUCUCCAGUAUCUCUGUUCAUCGUUCUCCAACAGACUGUCGUUUAAGAGAUCUGCAAAUAACUUUGUGUCUGCAGUUCGGAUUUUAAAAACCAGCUGCAGAAAGCCUCUGGGAUGCAUCUUGCUCGCACAACAGGAGACCAAAACGAAUUGCAUUAAAUAAGGCUUCGGAUUUCAAAAUCUGUGGGCUGCACUAUAACAAGAGCUACAGCAGACAGCUGUGCUCGUUCCAUUUCAGGUACACAGAAGACGUCCGGGGUUCAAGGCUGGAUGCAAGUUUUUUAUUUAAGGGGGACAAACUAGACUGCUUGCAAUGAUACAAACGAUCUCACAAGGUAAGGAUUUAUUUUAAAAUGAAGCUUUUUUUUAUUUUUUAUUUGAUCUCAAGCACACAGAUGAACAAGUUGGAAAACUGCGCUACUCCAGUCUCCCGCUGUCUUCUUUCUUCCAAAGAGAAGCUUGGAUACACAGCUCAAAACAUGCAGGAUAAUCAGGAAGACAUGGGAAUAAGUUACAAAGGAGAAAUAUUAACACAUCUGGGAUAAUUUUUUUUUUUGGAGGGGAGGGAUCCCUCUGGUUUACAGAAAGAGGUCUCUUGUUUUUGGAGAUACGGGGAGGGGGGUGGGGGGAACCAAGGAAUUAUGCCACCCAUCUGGAAAGGGCUGCUGGACUGAUUAAAACAAAGUGCACGGGUCUUCUCUCGUCUAAAGAUUCCUACCUCACUUUAAAACUGGGGAGGAAAAAAAGUGGAGGUUUCCCAGAUCAGCCCUGAAAUGCAACAGUGACUGGUCGCUUGGCAGAGACAGACGAAAGGUCUGGGGAUUUCGUAGACCAUGGAACGCCUGCUCUUGGGCGCCUUGCUGGCUGGAUGCCUGGCGGGCGUGUCCGAGUCCUGCCCGUUCCACUGUGUGUGCCAGAACCUGUCAGAGUCCCUCAGCACGCUGUGCGCCAACAAGGGCCUCCUGUUCGUGCCCCCGAACAUCGACCGCCGGACCGUGGAGCUCAGGCUGGCUGACAACUUCCUGCUGGCGGUGGAGCCAGAGGACUUCCUCAACAUGAGCGGGCUGGUGGACCUGACGCUCUCCCGAAACACCAUCCACGAGAUCCAGCCCUUCGCCUUCGGGGACCUCUUCAGCCUGCGCUCGCUGCACCUCGACGCCAACCGGCUGACGCGGAUCCACGAAGAGGCCUUCCGAGGGCUCCUCAACCUCCAGCACCUCAUCGUCAACAACAACCAGCUGACGGACAUCUCCGGGUCGGCCUUCGACGACUUCCUGCUCUCCCUGGAGGACCUGGAUCUGUCCUACAACAACCUCCGACAGGUGCCCUGGGAGGCCAUCCAGAACAUGGCUAGCCUCCACACCCUGAACCUCGACCACAACCUCAUCGACCACAUCGUGGAGGGCUCCUUCGCCGAGCUCUACAAACUGGCCCGGCUGGACAUGACCUCCAACCGGCUGCAGACUCUGCCUCCCGACCCCUUCUUCUCCAGGUCCCAGACGGGCGUGAUCAGCCCCACGCCUUACAACGCGGUCGUCAGCCUCAGCUUCGGAGGGAACCCCUUGCACUGCAACUGUGAGCUGCUGUGGCUCAGGAGGCUGGUCCGGGAGGACGACAUGGAGACCUGCGCCUCCCCCCCUCAGCUGGUCUCCCGCUACUUCUGGUCCAUCCCGGAGGAAGAGUUCACUUGUGAGCCCCCGCUGAUCACCAGGCACACCCACAAGCUGUGGAUCCUGGAAGGGCAGAGAGCCACGCUCAGGUGCCGGGCUAUAGGCGAUCCGGAACCGCUCAUCCACUGGGUGUCCCCCAAGGACCGGAUCAUGUCCAACACGUCCCGGACGGUCUCCUACCGCAACGGCACCCUGGACAUCCUGGUGACCUCUGUGCGGGACGACGGGGCGUACACCUGCAUCGCCAUCAACGCGGCGGGGGAAUCCACGGCCGAGGUGGAGCUGAAGAUCAUACCACUGCCCCACAGGAGCAACGGGACGGCCCACGUGGCGCAGAGGGACCCGGGGUCUUCAGACAUCACCACCUCCGCCAAGACGGGGGCGAACGGGAGUGGGGAGGCGGGCAGCAGGACUCCGGAGAAGCCGGUCAUCGUGACAGACGUGACGUCCACGUCAGCCCUGGUUCGGUGGUUCGUCGGGAAGUCCUCCUCCUACCUGUGGCUGUAUCAGAUUCAGUACAACUGCACUGUGGACGAGACCUUGGUAUACAGAAUCCUGCCGCCCACCAGCAAGACGUUCGUGCUGAAGAACCUGGUGCCUGGAGUGGAGCACGACCUCUGUGUCCUGGCUAUAUACGAUGACAUGGUCACCUUUCUGGCCACGACCAAAGUGGUCGGCUGCGUCCAGUUCACCACCAGGGACGACUACCCUCACUGCCACUCCCUCCACGCCCAUUUCCUGGGCGGAACCCUGACCGUCAUCGUAGGGGGCAUCAUCGUGGUCACCCUGCUGGUGUUCACAGUGGUCAUGAUGGUCAAGUACCGCACCUGUAGGGAAGCCAGCCCCCAGCUGCCCAAAGUGACCGACGUCUACUCCCAGACCAACGGCAACCAGCUGAACAAGAUGCUGCCAGCGCCGCCAGGGAACGCGGCCUCGCUGGUACCAGAGCACGCGGUGGACAAAAAACAGCCGCCCUUCACCCCAGGGCACGGGCACAUGGCACCCCAUUACGGUGCCAAGCCACAGCGCAAAAGGCUCCGACCCAAGGACGCGGGAGAGACACGCGGGGGCACAGCGUUGGGGGCCAAACUGGCCCUCCCGGCUGCAGGGAGGAGUGUCGGGAAGGAGAGAUCCGAUUGGAGAUCAUCUUCGGUCAAGGCACCUCCCUCGGACAGACCGGCCGGCGCCCCCAGAGCCAAGCGGAGCUGCUCCUUCGACAUGGGGGAGAUCGCCACCGCCACCUGCUACAGCUAUGCCAAGCGCCUGAGCGUGAUCUGGACCAAACGCAGCCAGUCCGCGCACGGCGGCCUGCUCCUGCACUGCGCGGAAACGGCGGGCAAGAGGGCAGGGCUCUCCAACGCGGACGAACUGGAGGAGAGCGUGGUUUAAAAAACCAGGAACGAAAGCCGUACAAGCCUGGAAUGGAAACAGAGCGGCCGCCGAGAUUCGAGAGAAACAUCUCGGGAGACAACAGCAUUCAAAUCUAUUUUUUUAAGCUCUCUUUUCCUUUCCCAUCCUUCAAAAACACAUCGAGGAUUACAAAGGAUUAGGGAAACAGUUUUGCGGAUGCUGUGCACGGAGAGUGGCUGCUGCUGUUGUCUGGGGUACGAAUCUUUCCACUUUAGCGUUGCCCAGUUUUAACCUCCCCAACACUGAUUCUCCGCUGAAGCCAACAGCGAUCGAUAACGGAAGACACAAACAGAAAUACGGAGUUCCAUCAAGGUCGUGGCCUUUAUUUAUUUAACUCCCAAGAGGGAAUACAGAAACACACACUGGGGCUUGAGAAGGACAGGGUCAACCUAGAGUUUGAAACCUUGACAAAUGUACAAAACGACCUUUGGGCAUUCCUCUCAAAACGACAUCUGCAGAGAAGAAGAAACCACAGCUGGCCGCUUGAGUGGAGAUUAAUUGUGUUGUCAAAAAAAAAAAAAAAAUUAAAAAUAAAUCUUGCCGUUCUUUAUACCUGAAGGAAAUACUGGGAGACAGCAUCCAUAUUGUGAGGUCUCAUUAAGUUAUUCUACUGUAUUUUUUAAAAAGUGCUCUUUGCCAACACCUUGAAUGAAUUCUUAGGGGUUGUAAAAUAUAGAAAGCCUCAAGUUAAAAUCACUAGACAAGUGUGAUUUUAUACCUGUAGAAGAAAUAAUAAAUCAAAUCAAUUAACUGUCAAGACACUCGGACAGCCUUAACAGUUGGGAGUGAUAAUUCAUUACAUUUGAUUGCUUUAUUUAGGGUUAAUCGUUCUUAAUUUAAAAAGGGAAAUAAUUUAUGAUAGAUUAUAUAUAGAUAGUUUUGUUUUACUCAUUUUGGUUUGCCAAAGUUCAUGUUACCUUGACUUGAGAGAUUCUAAUAAUAAAACUGGUUCGGGGAAUUGUGUUUUCUGGGAUACAAAGUGAUAUUUCUACAGCAACACAACAGAUCAGAAAUCAAACCGGGCGUGUGUUGCAAAACACACUGUGUGCACACAUGUUCACGUUUUGCAGGUCAUUUUUAAAAGUCCCAUCUCCAACGAAAGGCAUUUCAUUACAAAUGCAUUACCGCGCCUCAAUUGGCGACACAUGCAUCAUCCCCUCCUCUGCUCACUGACCAGGAAGGUUGAAGCAGAGAUUCACAAGCAGAGAAGGCGUGGGUCUCAGAAAUCUGCACAGGGAGGCUUGCGUUAGUGCAGAAAUUACUGUAUGCAUUUCUAUCAAGCCACUGCAUUACUUAUUCAUUGGAAUAAGGGAAAGCGCUUUUAAAAGCACGCAGUCUGACAUUUCAUCCAUCUAUCCCCAUCCACCCCCCCUAUUGCUUGUUGAAAUCAAGUUCCUGUUCAAUAUGGUUCUACACACUGCCAAUUGAAGUACAGCAUGUCAGGGUCUAAUUUAUAAAACAAAAAAGUGCCAGAUCUUGAAGGAUCACAUUUUUAUUCCUUGCCCUGAUGACCUUCACAGAAGCUCCCAGGAUAUGCUUCAAGUUCUCUAUUCGCGAGAGAAAAUUGCGAGAGACGCAGGGUGCGAGUUGCUGGGGAUUUCAAGUGUUUUUUUCAGUCCCCCUUCCGCGCUCUAAAAACCACAAGUUUGGGAGUACCGCCGUUUCAGAGAAACGCGAAACGAUUUCCACAGCCCUAUGGAUUUAAAUUUAUAAGGUUAGCACAUCAGCUUUCCUUUCCAUCUCUAUCUCUGCUGUUCUUGGAUACAGUUUCGUUUUCAAAACGCGGAUCUGAAAAGCCCCGACAAGCGCUCAGAAAACCACAAGGUGAGCCGUAUCGAUGUUGACACGCUGCAUCAAUCUGGGAGAGAGGAGGCUGCUAAUGAGAAACAGAAGAGGCUGAAACAGGAACACUUUAAAAUGGGCAAAGCAUUGCAUUUAAAAAUUUAAAAAAGUCCUUCAGCAAUUCAUCCGGUCAAAAGCAAGACGUCCCACGCUGUCGGACCUCGAUAAAAACGGACUGGAAUUAUCCAUAGAUAAUUUGUGGAGAUUCUGGUCUUUAAUAAUCUGUUUUUAUAUAGCGCCUUUCAUGGCGGACCACCGUCACAAAGCGCUUUACAAGAUCACCCCAA